AUGUCCUUAAACAAAUCCAAUAUUAGAGAAUUCAAAUUGGUAGUCGUAGGAGGAGGUGGUGUUGGUAAAUCUGCCCUAACUAUUCAAUUAAUUCAUUCUCAUUUCGUCGAUGAAUAUGAUCCAACCAUUGAAGAUUCAUACAGGAAACAAGUAGUGAUAGAUGAUAAAGUCACUGUCUUAGACGUGUUAGACACCGCUGGUCAAGAAGAAUAUUCUGCCAUGAGAGAACAAUAUAUGAGAACUGGAGAGGGGUUUGUGUUAGUUUAUUCUAUCACUUCUAAAAACUCAUUUGAAGAAUUGAUGACUUAUUAUCAACAAAUUCAAAGAGUGAAAGAUUCAGAUUAUAUUCCUGUCGUUAUUGUGGGGAAUAAAUCUGAUUUAGAAGAUGAAAGACAGGUCUCAUAUCAAGCUGGGGUCAAUUUGGCUAAACAAAUGAAUGCCCCCUUUUUGGAAACAUCUGCAAAGCAAGCCAUUAACGUUGAAGAAGCAUUCUAUACUUUGGUUCGUUUGGUGAGAGAUAAUGGGGGUGAAUAUAAUAAGAAUAAUGCGGAAGUUGAGAAUGCAAAGGAAAAUCAACAUAUUACUGACGAGACUAACAAUAUCAAUAGUAAUACAAUCAUAUCACAACAAGGUUUAACAACACAAGGAGAAAAUGUUGUAGUAAAUGGAACAACUAGUCCAAGCUCCAUUGGAACUGCUCCAAAUGUAGCCUCGAUAGACCAAGAUCAAUUCUCUAAUGAACAAAGACUAAAACAACAAGCACAAGCACAAGCACAACAGAAACAACCGCAACCACAGCAACUGACAAAAGAUCAACACAAAGCGGAGGCAUCUACAGUAAAUGCUACCACUGAUAAUACUACUAAAGUUCCAGUAAAUAAGUCAAACCAAGCCGCUAAACAAGCGAGGACAAAGCAAUCUCAACCAGCUCCUGCUAAAGCUGCAACAACAGAGAGUUCUUCUGGUGGUGGAUGUUGUGUCAUUUGUUAA